GUGGCACUGAUGUCAUCCAUCAAUUCGCGAAUCGCGACCAUUAUCUCGGAAAUUUGUAUAAAUUUUUAUAAUAUAGUGUGUGUAUAAGAAAUAGUAAAACAAAUUAUUGAGUAUCCCUGUAAGAAACUAUACUGUGUUUCCUACGAUGUCGUCAGAAUUGUUCCAACAGCUGUAGGAUUUUUGAAGGCAGUAUCAGAUUGUUAAAGUACCAUGUCAGGUACCGAGCAAAAUAUAUUGAACUCAAUGCAACAAUUGUCUGUACAAUCAAGUAACAGUGGUCCUACUGAGAAACCUACUCAAGUAGUUACACCUGCUGUUAAUAGAAGUCAACCUGCAUCUAAAGUGACUCCUGUUAAGCCAACAAUUUCUCCGGCCAUUGCUACUAUUGAUAGAUUAUUAAGUUUAGGCACACCAAUACCACCACCGCCUCCCGUUAUACAACGCACGGCCGAUAUGGAUCCUCACACAGUUGAGCAGUUAAGAGCUGUAAAAGAAAUGCUCACCUCUCAAGAGGAAGAGGCUCAAAGUCUACGAGAAAUUAAUCGGGAGCUUAAGGAACGUUUAGAAGAAUGUGAAACUAAAAUUAAAAAAUUGACUGAACAAAACGAGGAAUAUGCAGAAAAAGAAAAGGCUCUGUCUCAAAGAGUUGCAGAAAAAGUUCGUAACAAUAAACAAAUGAGUGUUGUUAUGGAGGAGUAUGAAAGAACUAUCUCUUCUCUUAUUGGUGAAAGGGAAGCUGAGGCUAAACGAUGGACUGAAGAAAGAGUGACAUUAUUAAGGGAACGAGAUGAAGCUGCUGCACAUUUAGCUUCUAUGGAACAUGCAUUCAAUGAUGUUCACACUAAAUAUGAAAGAUGUAAAGUAAUUAUACAAGGUUACAAAGGCAAUGAAGAAACUUUGAAGCGAACUGUGGAGGAUAAUAAUGAUGCUAUUCAAAAACUGGAAGCCAGAUAUGAGACUCUAAGGCAACAUGCUAUGCAACAAUUGAACAAAGCUAAUGCAGAGUUAGACUCAGUUAAGAAAGCACAUCAAGCAGAAAUCUUGAAAUUAAACGCUAUGUUGAAGAAAAGUGAAGUACAUGCAUCAUCUUUACAAGAAUCUUUGGCACAGAAAAUAAAAGAUAAUGAAGAACUUACAGCUAUCUGUGAUGAAUUGAUUAACAAGGUUGGUUAACUUAUUAAAGGUACUACGGUGUACUCAUAAACACCUUCAUUAACUCAGCGAAAUUAUAUUUAUUUAAUAUUAGAGUAUAAACAUAUUCAUGUAAUGUUAAUGAUAAACCCAUAAUGAUAAUCCUAAAAAAGUAAUCAAAUUUUGUUACCAUUUUUGUUAAAGUAUCUAUCUACAUUGUAUUUAAUGUAAAACAUUUUUUUAUUUGUGCAAUCAGUUUGUGUGUCCGUUAUUCUGUAAAAUAAUUUAGUUCUUAAGAUUUUAACAUUUUGUGACAUUUAUGUUUUGUUAAAUAUCAUAUACAUUAUAUUGUUAAUAACUAUGUAUGUUUGGUGCUUUGCCCCUAAGUGGCCAUCCAUAGAAUGGUCAAAGUAUAAUAUUAUAGUUUUAACAUUGUUUGAAAACAGGAGUGAUCCUGAUCUCCAUAAGUAUUAUUCACCUUUAUAAUUCCAGACUUGAUAAUAUAUGUAUAAAUUAAUCUAACCUAUAACAAAGUAACUUAGAUGCCAUAAUUUAAUUGAUCAUUAUAUAUGCUUAUAUACAAAUAUUUUAAUACAUAAUAUUAGUUGUUAAUACAUUAUUUUGUUUAUUGAUUACUUACAGUAAGUUUAGGAUAUUAAUAAGGCAUCAAAUAUUUUUAAGUUUAAUCAGGCCCUAAAAUUGUAAUUGUAUAUUGUUCUAGUCCUAAAAUUAUUUUUUGCUAUGCUGAUUUAAGUGCUGCCUAGCUUGAGAUUCUUACAGUAAUAUAUAUUAUAUAGAAAAACAAAAAUACGAUUAACUUAUAAACAGCAAAUAAGGGUAUUCACUUUUUGUAAAACAAGAUGUUUGUUUUUACAACGAAAAGCUUUAUUAGGCCAGCUUAGAGUUAGAAUCUCUAUAACACAUAGAGAAUAUACCAAAAAUGUGUGUAAUGGCAGAUAAUUAUGUAUUUGCUUUAUUGUAUAUACUUUGUGUUAUUCUUUUCCUUCAAUGUCUUUGACUAUAUGUGUGCCUUCAAUACAAAAAAAAA